AGCAGUACAAACAUACCCAGCUUGCAUAUUUAAACGACAUAUUCGACGUUUGUAGACAGAUUCUACUCUCACAUCUUAAAAAGGAAAAACUCAAGGAAUAACGUAACCAUAGAUAUUUCCCAAAAGAAGGCUAUGCAAGUAGCUGCUUUCACAAGCACACUAGUAGUAGACAGAAGGCUUCAUUCACAAAGGCAACAUAAUCUAGUUCAUUAUUAUUUAUUUUGCUCGACCAAAAUGCUAUGUAGACUACAAAUUAGUUGUACUUCGUAAGGAUAUUUCUUACCUACGUAUAUGUAACUUUAUCUAAUGCAAGUGUAGACGGGAAAAAAAAAAAAAAGAAAUCACAAUUUUUUUCACCCUAGAGCCAACUCAUUCCAUUCUCGUAUACAAUUUAUAAAAGGAAUAUUAAAUCGACCCUCGUAUUUGACUGUCAUUUCGUUUUUAUCGACCUCGAAAGGAUGAAUAACGAAGUUGAAGUUGACCUCGGUGAGAGACGAAGAGGAAACAAGUAUUUUGUUUCGACGCUCAACAGUCUUGGCAUUCCACUGGACUGUCAUGAAAAUGAGGAAAUAAGAUAAAACGUGAUCAACUGUUCGUUACUGCAUGACUAAAUAUUUUGUCUAUAUCCUCUGAAUUCAUCCAAUAACUUGAACACUAAAUGAAAAGUCGAACAAGGUUGCUUUUGUAUAGAAUACAUAUAUAAUUAUGCUACGUUUUCUGUACUUCAAUGCUUUAAGUUCAAAUAUCAUUCGCAGAGUCAGCUUCGUCUCUAGGUGUUCCGGGAUCAAGAUACAUAAAUACUCAUUUUACGAUUUAAUCGACUAAACCCUUUUCUCUGCAAAGAAUCAAUAAAAAUGAAAAAGGAAGUAGGCGCUACGUUGGGUGAGGAGAAACAAAUGGUAUAUAGACAGACACAUUUCUGAAAUCAAAUUCGUUGAUUUUCUUUCAUCACCUAGAAAACAGCCUCGCCGAGAUAUAAAACGAUAACGAAUAAUAUUGAUACUAAUAACAAUAAUGAUAUUGAUGAUGACUGUGAUAGAAACAUGAAUUGAUAAGUAGACGUUCUUAACUACAAACUUUUUAUAAAAGUACAGCAAACAGAAGAAAUAUGCUGAGGUUACCUUGAGAUGAUGUUGUUCCCUGUCAUUUUAAGACGAUAACCGUUACACAAUUAGGUGUAAUUAUAAUUAAACAAGAAAGCAAGUGAAAAGAAAAAAAUAACUCUUGAAAUGGGACGCUUUUUAAUAUUCGUAUCGUAUAUUGGAACAAACUACAGUGGUAUCCAAAAACAACUUCUGAAUCAGGGCUUAAAAGUUUUGACUAUUCAGGAACAGCUAGAGGUUUCUUUGAAAUCACUGAAUCCUAGAAAUGUUGUGAAGACUUCUGUUUCCAGCCGUACAGAUGCAGGUGUUCAUGCCUUUCAGAAUACAAUGCAUUGUGAUCUUCUCCGCAAGAAUGAAGAUUGUGAAUAUGAACCAGAAUUUUUGAAAAAUGGAAUGAACUAUUGGCUAAGGAAAAAGAAAGAAACAAUACGGGUCACCAAUGUCCUCAGAGUAAACGAUGACUUUCAUAGCCGACGUCAGAUCAAAAACCGUACCUACAUGUACCGUCUUGCUAUUCCCUUUAAAGAAAUAGCACCCCAAACUGGUCACUCUGCAUUAACUCUCUUGGAGAAAAAUCAUGCACACAUUAUUUGGACACCCAUAGACAUGAGGAAACUCAUGAGUGCUGCUGAAGCAAUGGUUGGAACUCAUGACUUCACUGCUUUUUCGACAAUCAAGUCAAUACGAGAGAAAAAUGAGUCACCCAUCAGAACCGUCUCAAUCAAUGUAAAACUCGGUCGGACUGCUCUAAAGCAACAUAAUCCUGGCUUGGAAUUUUGGGAGGUAUACAUUCAAAGCCGGUCCUUUUUGUUCAGGCAGAUUCGUCGAAUGGUUGGUGCCAUGGUGCAGGUGGCACUGGAUGAACUGACAGUUGCUGACAUCCAGCAGAAAUUGCUAAGGCCUUCUUUAAAGGCCACUGACACAAAAAUCAAAAGUUUACCCGCUUGUGGACUUUAUCUCUCCAAUAUAUAUUAUGAUCCCAAAGAUCUGAUUUACACACCGACUGCCAAAUCAGAGCCUGAUGACUUGAAUCCAACUGAUAAAGAUGCUGAUGACUUAAACUCAACUGAUGAUGAUGAAGAGGACUUAGAUGCCAGUUCUGAGAAAAUAUAAUAUUUUCAAAUUAUCUUCAAAUUAUCAGUGAUACUUAGUUGUUGCUUUUGUUUGUUGGAGUGUUUUGUGUUAUUUUUAAACAAAAAUGUUGCUUCCAUUUAAAAAAAAAAAAUGGAAAUCUGUCACAGAAUUGUAUAACACACAAUCACAACAGCAACAACAACUGUCACUUUAAGACCGUUUUCCUUGCUAAAGCAAGGGUUAACUUUUUGUGGGUCUUAUGACCUUCUCCAGGGUUAGCUUCAUUGAGGUCCUUUGUCCUUCUCCAUUUUGCCCUAUCUUCUACAUCCCCUCUCACUAAACUAUCCACCCAGUGACACAUCUAGAAUGUGUGCCACCCAAGGCAACCCUUGAGUUUGCCAAUACCACCCCUUGCCUCCCAGCAUGGGGUGGUAUUCUCCCGGUGAGCUGGCAGAAUUGUUAGCAUGUCGGGCAAAAUGCUUAAUGAUAUUUUGUCUGCUACUACGUUCUGAGUUCAAAUUCCGCCAUGGUCAACUUUGCCUUUCAUCCUUUUGGGGUCAAUAAAUUAAGUACCAGUGAAACACUGGGGUCAAUGCAAUCGACUAGACCCCCUCCCCCAAAAUUUCAGGCCUUGUGCCGAAAGUAGAAAGGAUUAUUAAACUGGCAGAGCUGGUAGAACCAUUAGCACGCCGGGCAAGAUGCUUAGUGGCAUUUUGUCCAUCUUUAUGUUCUGGGUUCUAAUUGUGCCAAGGUCAACUUUGCCUUUCAACCUUUCUGGGUUGAUGAAAUAAGUAGCAGUGAAGCAUUGGGAAUGAUGUAAUCUACUACCCAACUUCCUUCAAAUUUCAGGCCUUGUGCCUAUAGAAAGGAUUAUUAAACUGGGGUCCCAGGAACAGAAAUUUUGAUGGAAGGUUUUAAUUUAGAUUACUUUAAAACUGGAUGUCUGUAUCAUAAAACAAAGAGAAAUCUUGGUUAGGUUGGUAUCAAAAGGGUUGCAUUAAAAGUUUCAGAGCAAUGGGACUGUGUAUAUAAACACAGCCAGAAACUUAUUGUCUCUAGUAUUCAAAAUAUUUGGAAUAUUUUUCAGAAUAUUUCAGUAAAUGAGUUCUAUUAAUAUGCCAGAAGGUUUCAACAAGUUCAGUAACUCUGUAGUUUCUUCAAAUUCCAGAUUAUUCCCUCUUGUGGCUUGUGCGAAUUUGAUUGCUCUCAUUAGGGAAAUGAGUUGCCUUCAAGAAUGGAUUAAAUUUUUUUUUAAUGUAAAAACGCUCUUACUCAUGCUGGUAAACUCAUUAAUUAAUAGCUACAUACUCAAGUGAAUUGAUUAUCUUAGGAGAGUGAUGAUUUCAGAAAUUUUUGUUUUUAGUAAGAAGGGGCUGGAGAUUUUGCUAACCAUUUAGAUUUUUUGGUAUUUAAAUAAACAUAUUUUAUUUUUCUA